CUUAAUUUAGCGCAGUAACCUGGCGUCGUUUGGUCUUCUUCGUGUUCUCGCUUACACAAGACGACCCUUUCCCCCUCUCGAAACCCUCAAACACUCGUUUCAUUUUGUUGAGAGACAGUCACUCGUUUUACUUGGCGAUUUCAAUGGUGCAUUUCUGAGUCGGAAUCUGUCAAAAGUGUGGAGCCCCCCAGAUUCUGUCGGGAGAACUGCAUCGAUCAGACAUUCCGCGCACCGAAAGGGAUUGCGACCCAAUUAUUGAGAAAUCCUCCACUCGAGACCAGCGCUCAAGAGUUCGCUGAUAUCGACUUGACAAAGUUCUCUGUCUCUACUCUACACCCUCGCUGCUCACCACCAACUACCCCGGCUGACCCGCUGUGGAGAACCACCUGAUUCCAUUUACAUAUUGGACAACUGGGCAAGAAGACCGAGAACACCAUGAGACUCUCACGGCGCGGGCUCGGGACGGCCCAACCGUCAUUCAUCUUCCUCUUGGUGGUGCUGCUAGCCAUUGCUGCUCGUGUGGUUGCGGACCCGGCGAACGAUGCGACGACCUCCGCUACAACGGAUGCCGCCCAGACCACCGCUGAUCCCUCCACCACUGAUAGCACCUCUAGCGCGAGCACCACUUCGUCCUCCUCUUCAUCGACGUCGACAUCGAAGUCCACCUCUAGCACAACUUCCUCUACGUCUACGACAUCUACAACCAUGUCAUCUACAACGACGACCUCCUCUUCGUCGUCGUCUUCUUCCACCUCCACCUCCACCUCCAGCGACAGCACAUCAACAACGUCGUCCGUUUCCACAACAACGGACUCAACCUCCUCGUCUUCAACCUCCACAUCCGGCGCGGUCGUAACCGUCCCCCCUACCGCAAAUGCGCCGUACAUGCAAACCACGAAUGUGCCCGAGGGCACGGUAUUUAUCGCCGUCGGUGCAAUCCUAGGCCUGAUCGGGCUGGCGGUUCUCGCCUGGCGCGGCAUGGUCGCAUGGUCUGUGAACCGCUCAGUGCGGCGCGCAGCCUUAGCACAAACCUCCGAUAAGAAGCGACUGUCGCGUCGUGGCGGUGGUAGGAAGCGAUCACACGGUGUCUACUCCGCCGCACCGGGCAACGAUGUAUCCCUCGAUAAGCUCGGUGCAGCCACUCGCGCAAGCUACAAGCCCUCGAAGCAGGUUCCCAGCACGAACAGCGGCUUGUUCUUUUCCCCUACUGCUGGUGGUGCUGGAUCGCAUCAUAGUCUCAAUAAUGCGGGUAACCGUGGUUCGAGUUACCUCCCCGCCGGGUACUAUGCUGCCGCCGGGACAUCCACGCCUGUAAGGGAUGCAAGCGCGUCCCAAACCAACAUUUAUUCUCCUACUGCUGGUCUAUCCUCGCCUACGGGAUUCCACGCAGGUUCUUCCCCGUCCUUGCCCGCGGUCGGUGGCUACCCCGACAUGCCUCAUACUCGUCACUCGCAUCUUGGCGCCUCCACCAGCUCGCUGAACCUCAACCAAGCGCCGCAGGGUCGUGCGCCGAGUGCAUACUUGGAGGAUCUUUUCGAAAGCCAUACCUCACCUCGUCAUUCCGAGUCUGGUCUAGGUCGUCAACCUGACUCUGGUCGGCGAUGAUAAGAUAGUCUCGAGUCCGUAAUGACCAGGAUGGUGUAGGCUGCACAUCUCUGACUCCGAUCUAUUUUUGGUUUCUUUGUGCCAUAUUCUCGAAUUAUUUCCCUUUAUUAUUGUCCGUCUUCUAACGCGCCGGCGUUUUCGGGAGCUUUUGUACCCUUUGUGCACUGCCACUUUUGUAUUUACUUUCAUCUACAGCAGGUCUCGGUUCAUGUUCAUGAGAGCGAGCUGCGAUUUGAUAAUACUUUUUCUAUUUCUCGCAAUUUCCUGGGAUAUUGAAAGUGACCGAUAAAAUGGCUGAUGCCAUGCCCCCACGUUCUCUUGAAUAGCAAAGCCCUUAAUUCACAAAAUGCCAUAUCCCUAUGUGCAUGCUCAAUAAUUUACGAUACUCA